CUGCAGAAAUAACUGUUCAGCCAACUGUGGAAGAGGCCUCCGACACCUGCACUCAAGAAUGUCUCAUCUUGGGCCAUUCUGAUUCCUGCUGGAUGCCGGCAUCUCUGACCCAUUCCAGUUCUUCGCAAGCACAGGCCUCUGCUCUCUGCCACAGCCCUCCAGUGACACAGAUCAUCGCAUUGUGCCACAGCCCUCCACCGAUACAGGCCUCUGCUCUCCGCCACAGUCCUCCGCUAGUGCAGGCUACUGCACUUUGCCACAGCCCACCGUCAGCACAGGCCUCCGCCCUCUGCUACAGCCCUCCUUUAGCACAGGCUGCUGCAAUCUGCCACAGCUCUCCUCUGCCACAGGUUACUGCCGUCCAUCUCAGCCAGGCCCAAAUGUCAAUGAGUUUGCAGCAAGGUAGGGUGCAAGGUGAUGAUGGACUAUGCUCUGUUGAUCAGGGAGUGCAAGGUAGUGCAACAUCUCAGUUUUAUACCAUGUCUGAAAGACUACAUCCCAGUGAUGAUUCAAUUAAAGUCAUUCCUUUGACAACCUUCACUCCAGGCCAACAGGCCAGACCCACUAGUCCUGAUUUCCCCAUUAUGGAAGAACAUCUCUUGUAAAACUAAAAUAGUUAUUUCAAACUUUCAGAAAAGAAGUAUGCAGUCAAAAUUCAAGAUACAAUUUCAAUGAGUAUUCUGAUUAUCAGGUUUGUAAAUAGCUAUGUAAAUAGAAACAGACACCAGAAUAAGUCUAGAGCUAGACCCUUAGUCAAAGGUUAACAAAAAAAAUUGCAAUUUGUUUAAUUCAGAAUGUAUAUUU